UCUCUCUCUGAAUCCCCAAGAUAUAGCCAAGAGCUGCGCUCCGUCUCGUUCUCUUGCGUUGCGCGCACACACACACCUCUCGCUGUCUCCUCGGCUUGCCUCACUAAUCACUGCACCACCAUACCACCACUACUAGUACCUCCCCCAUAUGCUUGCUUCCCUCUCGAUCCCUCUCCUCCUCCCUUCAGUUUCAUAAGCCCAGCGCCAGCCACAGCCCCAAUCCCAAGAGCAAUCGAGAUUCGGGCUCCUGCACCAUCUAUCUCCAACGGACAAGAGCAAAGCGAUACACCUACCAUACCAUAGCUAGCGCCUAUGUCGGGCGAGUUCCAGUUCCAGGACGAGCUCGCGUCGCUCUUCACGCACCGGCCUGGGCCGGGGAUGCAGCAGCAGCAGCAGCAGGAGCAGCAGGCGUCCUGGCUCGCCGACUACCUGCAGACGCCCAUGGACUACGACCUGCUGUGCAGGGCGCUGGAGCUGCCGGCCGAGGAGGACGUCGUCAAGAGGGAGCUGGUGGUGGACACCACGCCCAGCGCCCUCACUCCCAGCGCCGGCGGGGGGACGCCCAACGCCACGUCGUCCAUGUCGUCCUCCUCCAGCGAGGCGGGAGGAGGCCUCUGCGCCGGAGAGGGGGACUCGGCGGGGAGGUGCAAGAAGGAGGACGGCGACGGGGAGGAAGGCAAGGGGGGCGAUGAGGGUGACAAGACCAAGAAAGGGUCUGCGGCGGCGGCGAAGGGUGGCAAGGCCGGCAAGGGCGAGAAGCGGCCGCGGCAGCCGCGGGUCGCCUUCAUGACCAAGAGCGAGGUCGACCACCUCGAGGACGGCUACCGCUGGCGCAAGUACGGCCAGAAGGCCGUCAAGAACAGCCCGUAUCCCAGGAGCUACUACCGGUGCACGACGCAGAAGUGCGUGGUGAAGAAGAGGGUGGAGCGGUCGUUCCAGGACACGGCGGUGGUGAUCACCACGUACGAGGGCAAGCACACGCACCCCAUCCCCUCCGCGAUCCGCGGCAGCACCCACCUCCUCGCCGCGCAGGCCGCGCACCUGCAUCACCAGCACCACGCCCACCUCGCCAUGAUGCCGCAGAUGGGCAUGGGCGGCCGCGCCGGAUCGCCGUUCGGCCGGAGCAGCGACGUACUGGGCGGCCUCCUGCAGCCGCGCGGCCACCACGGCAUGACGCCGCCGAUCAUCGGCGCCGGUGCAGGCCACCAAACGUCCAUCCAGGGCCUGGCCGGCUCAAUCAGCGCCACGGCCACGGCCACCGCCCCGUCUCCACCGUCGCUCCAGAUGCAGCACUUCAUGGCGCCGGACUUUGGGCUCCUGCAGGACAUGCUGCCGUCCUUCAUCCACGGCGCCGGCAGCAACAACAACAACAACCAGCCCUCAUCACCGUAUGGGAAGCUCCAUUAGUUAGCUAGCUAGCUAGAGAUAAUUAAAGAGAUUUGGUUGGUUCUUGCUGCUGCCUAGUUAACAUCCCCCAAUCGAUCUUGUUUUUUCCUUGAUUGCCUUCACUUGUUGAUUUGUUUCCUCGAUCGAUCCCGUGCUGCGAGAUGGUACAGAAUGAGUUUUUUCUGGGCCUCGUAUCAUUUCGAUGGAUCUAGCUCGCUAGCUAGCUAGCUCGUGGUAGUCAGUGUACUAGCACUUCUUGUACAUGUAAGUAUACCUUACCUAAUUUCCCAUCUCAUGCAUAUAUUGCACUACUCUGUUGCCGCC